UUGGUUGGGCACUUCCUCUUCGACGGCUGCGGGGCGGGGAGGUAAGGGGAGGUGCUCCUGUGCAGGAGAUGGUUUUGCCCUCGUGCCUGGUGACUUUCGGCACUCCUUUUUUCCUCCUCCUAUCGGUCUGCUUCCUUGUUUGACAGUUAAUCGCUGGCCGGGUAGGGGCUAUCCAAUCCCUCCUGCCGCCGCCGCCGCCUCUGAGUUCUCUGCCCCACCCACCAUUUCCACCGGCGACACGCUGCCUGGGUUGUGAGCGGUGGAGGUGGAGCCGCCGCCAAGUUUGCGGUCGAUCGGACAUAGAUGAGUGGAAGAGAAACGCGGCGAGAAGGGCCUUACCAGACGUAUUGCCCGGUCCCUCCCGGCUAAGGAAGCGAAAUUUCCGCGAGUCAUCGCAGGGUCAUCUGGAAGUGUCUGCUCCAGUUUGGAAAAUGAACUCAUAGCAGUAAACUGUGGGUUGUGAUACAGAGGAAAACUCCUUUCCUGCCAUCUGGCCGGGAGCUCUGCCUUGCUGUUUGGGUGGCAGGUACUGCAGCUGACAUAUCUGGCUGGUGUGCUGUCUUCCUUCCUGAGGGAAAAUAAAUCUCUUCCCGAACUCCCCACAAAGACUUUGAAGGGGAAACUUUCCAUCAAGUUUGAGCCUCUCUUGUGCAUGCUGGAUCCAUUUCAAGCUGUUGGCUAUAAGCAUGCUGACUAAAUCAUCCACUCCGAGAUGGCAAACAGUGACAAGAAUGGAGGCAGCCGCCUACAGAGCAAGAAGCCCCCGAACCUUUCCAUCACGAUCCCACCAGUGGAGGUGGCAGAGGAUGAAAACAGCCAAACAGUGCCUCUGAAGAAAAAACCAGUUUAUCAGAAGAGCGUGAGCCUCCAAGAGUCCAGGAUGAAAAGGCAGGACAGCAACUUUGAAAGGCAUCCUGGCUUGCACAGGCAGACCUCGUUGUCCCAGAGUAUUCGCAAAGGGGCAGCCCAGUGGUUUGGAGUCAGCAGCGACUGGGAUGGAAAGCGGCAGCACUGGCAGCGCAAAAGCCUGCAGCACUGUAGCCUGCGAUAUGGACGACUCAAACCUGCCUACCGAGAAAUGGAGCUGCCCAGCCAGGAAGCACCUUCCUUCCAAGGCACGGAGUCUCCAAAGCCACAGAAGAUGCCCAAGAUCGUAGACCCUUUGGCUCGAGGCCGUCCCUUCCGGCACCCAGAUGAAGUGGAUCGUCCACGCACUCCGCAUCCUGUCCUGCCCCCUCUGACCCCUGGUGUCAUGUCCUUGGCAUCGUUUAGCAGUGUACGGUCUGGCUACACCCGCCUUCCCCGCAGGAAGAGAGAAUCUGUUGCCCAUAUGAGUUUCAAGGCAGCUGCAGCUAUAAUCAAAGGACGUUCAGUUCUGGAGCCCUCGGCACCAAAACGGAGGGGCAACAAGCGGAGCUUUGUGUAUCCCAGCUUCAUGGAUGAGGAUGUGGUGGAUGGCAUGGACACAUUUGACUCCUCAUUCUUUAGUAAGGUUGACACACAUGAUGAGAUGUGCUCCAUGCCAGAUGAUGUGUUUGAAUCCCCACCUCUCUCUGCCACUUACUACCGAGGACUUCCUCAGCCAGAGGAUGGCAAGUCACCAGAGGCUGAGCAGCCGUUUCAGCAUACAGGACCUGCUCGGGGUCCACCAUCAGCAGCCACUGGUCCCCAGAGGGGCAGGCGGAUUGCUUCGAGAGUGAAGCAUUUUGCCUUUGACCGGAAGAAGCGAUACUACGGGCUGGGAGUGGUGGGCAAGUGGCUGAACAGGACGUACCGCCGGAGCAUCAGCAGCAUGGUGCGCACCCAGCUGGAGCUCACUGACAGCCACAGACCCUACUUCACCUACUGGAUCACCUUUGUCCAUAUCAUCAUCACUCUGCUGAUCAUUUGCACCUAUGGGAUUGCUCCAAUUGGCUUUGCCCAACAUUUGACAACGGCAUUGGUACUGCGAAACAAAGGUGUGUAUGAGAGUGUGAAGUACAUCCAGCAAGAGAACUUCUGGAUUGGCCCAAGCUCGAUUGACUUGAUCCAUCUAGGGGCCAAGUUCUCCCCCUGCAUGCGGAAGGACAAACAGAUUGAGGAGCUGAUCCGGAAAGAGAGAGAUCAAGAGCGCAAUUCAGGAUGCUGCGUCCAAAAUGAUAACUCUGGUUGUGUUCAGACUCUGCGAGAUGACUGCUCGGAAACACUGGCCACUUUUGUUAAGUGGCCAGAUUAUAACCCACCGGGUAUUGAUCCCAGCAAUUCCAGUCUGAAGAGGUCAUCAGGAGCUGUGUGCUCUCAAGAUCCCAGGACUUGUGAGGAACCGGCUUCAAAUCGACCACACAUCUGGUCAGAUGACAUCACUAAGUGGCCGAUAUGUACCUAUCAGGCGAAAAGUAACCACCCCACUGGCUACUUGCACAUGGACUGUGAUAUCAAAGGAAGGCCAUGCUGUAUUGGAACAAAAGGCAGCUGUGAGAUCACUACUCGGGAGUACUGUGAAUUCAUGCAUGGCUACUUUCAUGAAGAAGCUACUCUUUGUUCACAGGUACACUGCAUGGAUGAAGUCUGUGGCCUCUUGCCAUUUCGGAACCCAGAGAGUCCUGAUCAGAUUUAUAGACUCUGGCUGUCCUUAUUCCUUCAUGCAGGGGUUAUCCACUGCUUGGUGUCGGUGAUCUUUCAGAUGACAGUCCUCAGGGAUUUGGAGAAGCUGGCUGGCUGGCACAGAAUCUCUAUCAUUUUCAUCCUCAGCGGCAUCACAGGCAAUCUGGCUAGUGCCAUCUUCCUUCCGUACAGAGCAGAGGUGGGCCCUGCAGGAUCCCAGUUUGGCUUGUUAGCCUGCCUUUUUGUGGAGCUCUUCCAGAGCUGGCAGGUCCUAGAGAAGCCCUUGAAGGCUUUCCUGAAUCUUUCUGGGAUCGUCCUCUUUCUCUUCAUCUGUGGCCUCCUGCCAUGGAUCGACAACAUUGCACACAUAUUUGGCUUCCUCAGCGGUCUCUUGCUCUCAUUUGCCUUCCUGCCUUACAUCACCUUUGGCACUAUGGACAAGUACCGCAAACGGGUCAUGAUCAUCGUCUCGCUGCUGGUCUUCAUUGGACUCUUUGCAUCGCUUGUCAUCUGGCUCUAUGUGUAUCCUAUUAAUUGGCACUGGAUUGAGUACUUCACCUGCCUGCCUUUCACUGCCAAGUUCUGUGAGAAGUAUGAGUUGGACCAGGUCUUGCAUUGAUAGAGCUGGGAGGCUGUUGAAUGGGGCUUAUGGGACAGAAUUUUAAACUUGGAUACUGCCAGAUUUUGAACGAAAGAGGAAUGGAUGCAGCCAACUCUGGCAGAAAAAGGCAGAAUAUUUGUUUUCUUCAGCUUCCCUUUGAAAUGCUCAUGUACCACUCAUGCUGUAUUAUGCUGAAGCAGAACAACUGGUUGGGUGCUGUCACCUUUUGUAAAAACCUCCCAGAUGCAAGGGAUAAAAUAAUAAGCAGACCUCUCUCUUGUAUGUUCCCCUGUAACAGUUUUGGGCAUAAAGUAGCCAUUAUUGGGUGGUAUAGCCUUGAACCAAGAUCAUCCCCCUGGUGCUAUCUUGGAUCCAAACUGGGCCAGAGGCUUUCCCACUACAGUGCCUGCAGCAGAUGGCAACUUCUUGCUGAAGCUUUGAUGCCAAGAUACCUCCCACAGUUUGGAGUAUAGGAGAUAAUUGACCAGCUCUGCCUCUUAUGCAAAGUCCCUUUUGAUGAGCUGCCAAAGGAGCCAAUGACAUCCAUGGGACUGACAGGGCCCUUCAUGGGAUGGAGGCCUGGCAGGAAAUUACUUUAAAAGAGCACCAUAGUGGUGAGGCAACAUCCUUUUGAACUAUUUAUAUUUACUGUCUGCCUGUCUCUAUGGUCUCCUACUUGAAGUUCCUCUUUUAAUGCAAUUCUUGGUCUUUGGGGUUCCUUUCCUAAUGCCUUUUGGCACAAGAUGGUGCUUGGACUUUGUGGCAAUCUUCCCCGCCUUAGUGCCUUUUUGUGGUACUAUGAAUUGUACUGUGAAAACAAAUAGCCCCAUCUUUUUGUCCAAGGGGUGUUUUAUAUGCAUUUCCCCUCUCCUUUAUAUUUGCAAUCUCUGUCAUUAGAGCCAAACACUUUCAGGCAAGUAGCACUGAUGCCUUUAAAGAAACCUUGUGCCAUCUGUAACAAAUGCUGGUAGCUAGUCCAAUAUCUAUGUUGGGUGAAUAAAUACAGUGGGCAGGGAUUUCUGUAGAAGCAGACUUGAAGGACAUCUUCACUCUGAUAAAGAGGCCAGACUCAUUCUGUAGUGACAUAUGAGAUUGUGGGAUGGGUGUAGGAAUGAUACAUUUGGUCUAAAUAAAUUAAAUGUAAAUCUAUCAAAUGGGUAUGUGUGUACAAAUAGUAGUAGUAGUAGUAGUAGUAGUAGUAGUAUCAUCACCAUUGUUAAUUAGUGCCUUAUUCAGGAUGGAAAUAGCUUCCUUGCAAGUAACUCCAUAUAAGAGAUACUGAGGUAUCUACAGAAUGUUGUUGCGCUAACUGACUUUUUAGGAGUUUUCCCAGAAAAAAUGUUAAAAAAACACCCCAAACCCACCCCUCUUAUUUAAUGUGUAAUUUCUUCCUCAUCACUUGCUUUUGCAAGUGUGCAUGAGAGUGCCAUCAUGGCACAAGAGGUUGAUCUGCAGAAGCCCCCCCCCCCGGAAGAGACCUAUGGCUGCCAUCCAGCUGUCUAGCAUCAUGCAGCUAAUGCUGGAAGAGCUCUAUCCUCACUACGUUGCUCACGGUGUCUAAACAGCCGUUUCCCCACUUGCAUCACUCUCUGCCCUUGGAGGCUCAUUCUGUAUACCACUCUGAUGUCCCUUCGUGCUCUGUGCAGGACGGUCGGCUGAUCUGCGUAUGAGUAAUUUUAACUUCUUGCAUCCUUUCUGUCCACUUCUUACAAAGUUGUAAACCUGCCCCUGGCCUGUGCAAAACUACUUUCUAACUGCUAUCAUUGUCUGAUUUGAUUACAUAACGGGGAGUGUUGGAGGAAGGACAAAUAAAAAGCAAGAAC